AUGGCGCAGUCUAAGGAAGCGUCGCGAGCCGACAGUGAUGUGGUGGUGCAGCUCCGCGCGCUCUGGAGAAGAUAUGAGCAUCACUGCAGGCAGACUGACAGCUGUCCGAGUGCAGUACUCAAACACGACAUUCUUCUGAACAUCGACAAGCAAGAACCUCUCAGAAAGAUAACACUAUCAUUUCCAGAUUACAGUCCCUCGGACACUCUUUUGCCAAGCCUUCAACCUCUGUUAAUGGCAAUACGAGAUGAGCGUUACACGCAUGCACAAGAAUUCCACAUCUGGAAUGUGUCUCUCAAACAAAAAGAUGUCGUUGAGCUGUGUGUUCUUUUGGAGAGGACGAGGAGGACAGUGUAUCCCCUCGUAUCACUGGAGCUGCUCGAUUGCAAACUCGAUGACUGGUCGAUGGAAAGACUGAGCAAAGCUGCUAGCAUCAGCUGCCUCACCACACUCUGCCUGGACUACACAUGCAUGAGUGUUGAAGGGUUGAAAGGUUUGCUUAGUGGAGGUUUGGGCGCCAGUCGAAUACGUUCCCUGAGUUUGUGUUAUUGUGGUUUGGGUUCAUGGAGCGGAACUCUGCUGGCUUCAUUCCUCACCAACAGUUCUGUGAGGGAGCUCUACAUUAAUGGCAAUGAACUGCAGUGUGAGGGCGCCGCUAAGCUGGUGAGACCUGUGGCGGAAAACAGCCAAAAAAUGGCAGGGAACCAAAACGAGCCGAAAUCCAUCACAGACGCAGCUGAGUUGAUCUCCCAAAGGAGCAGUAUGAAGUCCUCCAUGCAAAAGAAAGCAAAGAGCAAAGGGAAGAAGUCGAAGAAGAAACAAGGAAAAACAAAGAGCAGUCCUGACGCGGCAGCGGGGCCCUGGCUAUCGAGGCUGCAUAUGUUUGAUAACUCCAUCGAUGACACCGGAAAGGAGGGGCCCAAUCAACUAACUCGAUUCAUGGAGCUCAUUUGCAUUCUGGUCACGUUUUCCAGUCACUUGACAGAACUGGACCUGGGUGAGAACCACAUUGGAGAAGAUGGUGGGAAAGUGCUUUUAGAGGCCCUGCAAGAGCGAAAAGCAGCUAAGCUAUCUCCAAUUAAAAUCCAAGUUUCAACACGAAUGUCCACAGAAACAUUCAGCUCCAUUUUGAAAAGUGCAAAGGAGCUGAAAUCUGGGAAAAACAGAAGACAGAAGAAGGGAAAAACGAAGUAGGUCAUCUGUCUGGAGGUCUUUACAUGGACUUCUGAUGUGAUGGACACUGAAAGGAUGUUACUGGUUUACUUAAUGUUUUCUCUGACUAUUUCACCAUGUUUUACUAAUCGAUUUAAGGAACUCCAGAAUAGUUUUAUGUGGUCUGAGUUGUGUUUGACAGUGCUCCAGAGAGGACCAAAUCUCAGAUGAGCCACCUGUUUGUCAGUGGUCCAUCAGCAGGUGGUUCUGGUUUGAUCUUAUUUCAAGUCACUCCAUACAGAGCUUGAGUUUGCAUGCAGAAGUUUGUUCAGACUAAAUCUUAAGUGCCUUUUCUUCUUGUGCAUUCUGGUGCAUAUUUGCCAACAGAUGUCUAUGGCUAUGUUCAGAAUAGCAUACUACCAUACUACUUUUACGAUUCCUGUAGUAUAUAGUAUGUAAACUGUGUAUAGUAUGCAGAUUUUCUUUAUGCAUAGAGUACUGUCAUUCAAAUGCAAUGUGCUUGACUUGACCUUCUAUUUCCUGUGUUAUGAAUGGACCAGAAGUCAAAUCAGUUAGGUGAUUCCAUGACUGCUGUGCCAUUUAGGCCUUUCACCUCUUGAAAAUUGAACAUAACUUUUUGUUAAUUAUCAACAUGUCAUCAAAGAAAACAUGCUUUAGCCAUUCAGAAAGUGUUUAUGCCUGUCACAAGCCAUUAUAUUUUUUACAAGUAAUUUUUUGUGGACAAUGGCUGCAUUUUUCUCAAUCUUGUUACUAAAAUUUGUUCAAUUGUUUGAAUAUAAUUUUUAAAUGUAUAUAAAAUAAAGUACAUAUUUUUCCCUGAAUAGACUUUUACUUUUGAUGAAAUGAAUGAUUAGAUGUAAAAAUAAUUUAAACUUGUUCAAAAAUAAUGACAAUAUUCCUGUACUUUGUAUUUCACUUCAAUAACAAAGUUACUUUUUCCUUUUAAUGGAGCCCACAAGCCCAAUUCUAUCCAAAUUUUUAUAGAAUUUCAGUUAUUAAAUGAUAUAUUACAAAUUAAAGUAGUAAAAAGAAAAUAUGGACCAAAUGUAAUUAAAAAACAGGAGUGAUUUAUUUUUCAUUUUGUGAUAAAACAAUUAAAUAACAGGGCUGAAUGCCACUUAACAGUAUUGAAUAUUGCGUAACAGAGUUGAACAAAGAGUUAGACAAAGUUCUUUUUUUAAUUUUCUUUUUACGUGAAAAACAGUAGGCAGUAUGGUUUUACUGGGCAGUACUCAGUAAAUAGUGAGAUAGUUUUCUUCUUCCUUUGAAAAGUGAAUUCUUGUUUGUGUUAGAGAACAGACUGGUGUCAAGUUCUCUGAUGUCAUU